UUCACUCUUUCUUGCUCUUCCAGUCUUCCUAACCAAGUCUAAAAUAUCUCUAAUUUUUACUUAUUUUUUUAAAAAAAUAAUUCGAGGAAAGGGUACCCUUUGAAGUGAUCACAAUAUCACAUACAUUGAGUUGUGUCUCACUUUUUACAUUCCUUUAAGCUACCCAUUUUCUUGAUUCUUUAAAAGAUUCAAUUUUUAUGGAUUUGAAGCUGUGAAGAGCUCAAUUGUUGAUGACCAAGAAGAUUAGUUGAUAGUGGUAUAGAUAAGGAACAGAGGAGUUUGACGUGUCCAAGUUUGGUUAAAAGUUUCCACAAAUGGAAGUAGGUAUCCAUCUUUGUUUACCAGAUCUGACUAGUCAUUUCCAUUUCGAGGAAUAGUAGAGAGAGUGGCAACAAACUUUGUUUACUUAUAGUUGCGUUGAGCUCGUUUUUUGUUGAAUAUGUUCUGUUCACAUCCACUGUCAUAUGUCGAGAUUGUUCUGGAUGAUAGUAGAAGGUGAUGAAUUAGUUGAAUAAUGACAGGCUGUUUAACUUUAGAGGGGCUGGAAGGUAACUUUUUCUACAAUCCGAAUAGUGAUAUUGAUGGAGGAAAUGGCCUCGGCCGCUGCUUUGCCAUUUAUGUUAGGUAAUUUAAUGUGUGAUAACACAACUACAAGAACCCAUAUGGAUAUUACUAAGCUCAAGUUGAUGACAGACAAUACAAGUUUAUUGGCUGACUCUGUAGCUAAAAGUCCUGAUGAGUUUAAUUCAGGUAAGAGUGAGGAUAUUAUUUGUGAUGAUUCUGAGAUGGACUCUAAUUGCGUCGGGGUGUCUGUGCCUAGAGAAAGUAGUGUCGGGCCUGCAGUGUCUGAUUUGAUGUCCGGAAAGGAAAAUGACUUGAUUUCUAAUAAUGCUAUAAUCCAGGAAAGCGAGGAAGAUGAUUUCUUAUCGGUGGAAGGCAAUCAGAUCCUAGAUAGCUCUUUUUCGUUUGCAGCAAUAAGUGAUUCUAGCAGCAUCGGGGCUGAUGAAAUAUUAGCUUUCGAAGCUCUGUCUGAUAUGGGAAGACCAAGUUCUAUAGCUGCGGAUAAAAAUGUCGGCAGUACUGAAAAUAUAACCAAGCCCACAGGUUUCAUAGAGUCUAACAUGACAGCAAACGUGAAAGAUUCACUUGCUGUCACUCUGAGCAUUGAGGAUAAUCUUGCAAAUGGGGCUGAUUAUAAACCAAUUGCAGUUGUCCAGUUACCCUCUGAGCAAGGAUCUGGUGGGCCUGGCGCACGCAGUGUUUUUGAGAUCGACUAUGUACCACUUUGGGGAUUCACAUCUUUAUGUGGACGGAGACCAGAAAUGGAGGAUGCACUUGCAACUGUACCCAGGUUUAUGAAAAUUCCUACUCAAAUGCUGAUUGGUGAUCGAGCACUUGAUGGAGUAACAAAAUGUUUAAGUCACUUGACUGCUCACUUUUUCGGAGUCUAUGAUGGUCACGGUGGCUCUCAGGUUGCAAACUACUGUCGAGAGCGAUUUCAUUCUGCUUUGGCCGAGGAAUUGGACCUUCUUAUGGCCAAACUGAAUGACGGGAGUACUAAUGAUGAUUGCCAAGAACAGUGGAGGAAAGCAUUUAGCAAUACUUUUCUCAAGGUUGAUGCUGAGAUUGGAGGAGAAGCUAAUGCUGCACCUAUUGCUCCAGAAACUGUUGGCUCUACUGCUGCUGUUGCUAUUGUUUGCUCCUCUCAUAUAAUUGUGGCAAAUUGUGGCGAUUCUAGAGUGGUCCUGUGCCGUGGAAAAGAACCCUUGGCAUUGUCAGUGGAUCAUAAACCAAAUCGCGAAGACGAAUAUGCGAGGAUUGAAGCAGCUGGAGGCAAAGUCAUACAGUGGAAUGGGCAUCGUGUUUUUGGUGUACUUGCAAUGUCAAGGUCCAUAGGUGAUCGGUAUUUAAAACCCUGGAUUAUUCCAGACCCUGAAGUGAUGUUUAUUCCUCGAAUGAGAGAAGAUGAAUGCCUCAUUCUCGCCAGUGAUGGUUUAUGGGAUGUCAUGACCAAUGAGGAGGUAUGUGAAAUGGCUCGAAAACGGAUUCUUCUCUGGCAUAAAAAAAAUGGUGCCACAGUACCGAUGGAGAGGGGUGAAAUAAUUGAUCCUGCUGCUGAAGCAGCAGCUGAGUGCCUCUCAAAUCGUGCUCUUCAAAAGGGAAGCAAGGACAACAUAACUGUGAUUGUGGUAGAUUUGAAAGCACAAAGAAAGUUUAAAAGCAAAUCAUAAGCACGGGGUCUUCAAUUUAUAGGUCUACAAUAUAAGAUUCUUGUAUGCUUAAAAUAUAGUUUUGGGCCCAUCCGUUUUUUUCACCUGGGCACUAGUGCAGCAUUCCAUGCAAGAGAUGAAUCAUCCUGCGGAGUCAUUUUAGGUUUAUCCAAGUAAAGCCAUUGUAAAUGUUAUUAGCCGUUUGAAGUUAAAAUAGAAUAGGAGCUUCCUUCACUUGCUUUGUAGUAGGAAUGACAUUAUUUCCGAUUCCUCCGAGUUAAAUGCUCUGUGAGGCAUUCUACAAUUGAUUAUUUUUGACAAUGUAGUAAUUGUAACAGGAAUUAACAAAUGUGGAAAAUAGUAUCUAUAUUAUCUAUUAGUGUUUGAUGCACGUGUACGUGCUUUCUUUCUGUCUUGUUAAAA